GUGCAUGAUCACUAGAUCUCGACGGAGCAACCGCAACGAAGAGCUUUUGAUCCUGUCCAACGCAGAACUUGCAAGAGCAGAACGAGCAAACAGACAACGAAGGCCGAAUCCAGCCGACAUGGGCGAUAACGGCAACCCGAACAUGGCUGCUCAGUUGCAGCAGCUUCAGCAGCAGAUCGAGCAGAUGCGGAAGGCUCAACAAGAUCGAGAACCGCAACCUCGUCCUGCUAUUGGAGACAAGGACAAUCCGCACACCUUCUAUCAAAACCGGUCUGCGAUUGUCCCUCCAAACGUGCAGAGGCAAGACUUCGAGAUCAAGCCAGGCAUGAUCGCUCUAGUCAAGGAUCACAUCUUCCAUGGACUUCCUGCUGAGAUUCCUGCGGACCAUAUCCAGAACUUUGAGGAGAUAUGCAGCACGACUGGUUCGAAUGGAGUACCGGCUGACUUUCUGAAGUGCAAGCUAUUCCCAGCAGCUUUCCUGGACCACUUCUACACGAAGUCCAAGAAUGCAGCUCUAAGGACGAAGAUCGCAUCUUUCCAGCAGUAUGAUGGAGAAGCUUUCUGCGAAGCAUGGGAGAGAUACAAGGAGUGCCGAAGAGAGUGCCCUCAUCACGGAUACUCUGACGAGCAGAUCCUGAGCAUCUUCUAUGAUGGAGUCAACUGGGACUACAGGAACGCUUUGAACGCAGCCAGCAAUGGCGAUUUCAUGACGAAGUCCAAGGAGGGUGCAUUCGAGCUGAUCGAGAAUCUUGCAGCGAGCUCGAGCAACAAGAACGCUGAGUAUGACAGAACAGUGAGCACUGUAUCUGUCAAAGGAAGCAGUGCUGAUGCGAAGAAGAUUGAGGAGCUCACAGCUAAGAUGGAGGUCAACUAUGUGAAUGGGCAACCUUUUGUGCCUAACCGUGGUUUCAACUCGAACUACAGAAACCAUCCGAACAUGUCCUACAGGAGCACCAACGUGAGAACCCUCAGGAUCAGGUCUAUCCGCCUCGAUCGAACCAGAACCAGCAGAGUUAUCAGAAGAGCUAUCCUAACAGCUUCCAGGAGAAGACCUUGCCCCAAACCAGAAUCGUUCUCAAGGGGUAACCAACAGAAGGCGCAGUUCAGCAAUCAGCAACAACCUUCAGGUUCAUCGAACAACUCGAACGAUGAGCUUAAGGUAUGA